CUUUUCUCUAUUACAUGAAUAGGCACAAAAAAAAAAUGUUAAAAAAAAGUUGACAGAAACAAAACCCACAAAUUCCUUGGACCCAUCAAAACAUAUACAGCAGAAAUCGAAAUACACACAGAGAAAAAUUGGGUCGUGUGGGUGAUUGUGGUAUGUGCUCUGUUUUAGUUGUUUUCCAAUUAUGAUGAUGAUGCCCUUUAAUGGGGUGACAUCAAAUAGCGAAGAAGGUGGGUCCACAGAAUCAAGCAGUUUUGGUGGAAGCAGAGGAGGUAGAGGAAUUGGUGGUGGUGGUGGUGAAGACGGGUUUAAUUGGAAGAAGGGGCCAUGGACGACGGUGGAGGAUGCAAUAUUGGUGGAGUAUGUGAGGAAGCAUGGAGAGGGGAAUUGGAAUGCGGUGCAUAGGAACACUGGGUUGAACCGGUGCGGCAAGAGCUGCCGUCUACGGUGGGCCAACCACCUCCGACCCAAUCUCAAGAAAGGCUCCUUCACCCCUGAAGAGGAACGCCUCAUUGCGGUUCUUCACUUCAAGUAUGGCAACAAAUGGGCCCGCAUAGCUACCCAGUUACCUGGGAGAACAGACAAUGAAGUGAAGAAUUACUGGAACACACGAAUCAAGCGCCGGCACCGGCAAGGUUUGCCUCUUUAUCCACCAGAAAUUGAUCCAAGACAACCCUCUCCAUCUCCACCACCAUCACAACAACUAAUGUCAUCAGCGUCCUCCACCACUAGCCACCACCACCAAUCCUUCUCUGCCCCCACAACCCCCACCUCCAUCUCCUUCCAAACCCCUCCCUCUACCCCCUCCUCCUUCAAUACUUUCUCUCAAUUCGACUUCUCCCUCCCGCCUGGCCCCGCCCCUCUCCUUGUCCAGAGUCCUCUCCGUUACAAGCGAUUCCGCCCCGACGACCCCGCCCCCGCCCCCACCACCACAAACCACCACCACAACAACAAUAUCAUUGACAAUACUAACUUCUUGCUUCCUUUGUCCCCGAUGUCCACUCGGACUCUUUUGUCUCACCAGUUAUCAGCCUCGACUCCAUCUUUGUCACAACUGGCAAUGAAUUCUGUUGAUUAUGGCAGGAACUCAAGCACUAUUGUAGCAUCUAAUGGAAGUGAUGGUAAUGGUGUUUUUUCUGAGCUCCCUUCAAGCCAAUUCUCCUCUUCGUUGAUGUCUUCGAAUCCGGAGAAUAACUUUUAUAAUUCCAAACUGAACAAUGAGACUAGCAAUGGUGAUGUUGAUGGAGGUGGUGGUUAUGGAAGUGGGUAUUUGGAGGAUUUGUUGCAGGAGGCACAAGCACUCGGUGGAGGGAAUGGAGAUGAUUUGAAGAUGAUGCAGACUGAUUUAGACAUUAAUGGUGGUGGGUGUGGAGGAGAGAAUCACAGUUUCGGGGGAUUUGAUGGGCAAUGGAAUGAUUCCAGUGGCUCGUUUUCGCUAUUUUCCGGACUAAAACAGAAGGAAGAACCAGCUACCCAGAUAAACUCAAUCCAUGAGGACUUAUCAAAGCUGCUCAACGUAAUUCCGUCCAGCGUGCAGGUUCCACAGUGGUGCAGCGACGGUGGCGAGAACUCGAAUGGCCAAUCCUCGGUCGUAACAGCCGAUAAUAUGGAGCUUGAGAUGCAGCAAAUAGCUUCAUUGUUUCCUAUUACUUCCACAGCAGACCAUGUUGGGAACUCUGGCUCUUGUUCUUGGGACAACUUGCCUGGAAUCUGCUAAACUUGUUCAGUACUUA